CACACUCUUAAAAUGCUUUCUCGCAAACCAGUUUCUUCUUCUUUUCCUUUACCACCUACGCCUCCUCCUACGCCUCCCAAACUUGGAACCAAGCAAAACGACGGCGAUGACAAAACCGAUAAUUUUGUUGAGGUGUGGCGGCUCACUGGGCAAAGGAAGCUCCGGCACCUUCCUCCUUCUCCCUUAGACAAUCCAGGUUUUUCUCUUCGAAGGAAGACAGUGGAUCAUGAUGGAAUGAUAAAUACAAAACAUUCAUACAAUUUGGAUAGAUCCUCUUUAGAUCCUUCUGUUGCUAAAGCAAAAUAUAAUAUGAGAGUGCAUAUUCCAGCCGCAAAAAUCUUGAUAGGCAAUAGUUCAUGUAAAACCCUCAGACCCAAAAAAGUCUCUCAUGAUGAUGACUGUGAAAGUAUUUCCAACUUGAGCUUGCAUGUUGCUGCCAGUGCCAAGAGUGCGACCACAAGUGCAGUUACCAGUCCUUUUACUAGUCCACAUAGAUCAAGCAAUGCAGAUUUCUUUGAUCCUAUCAUCAAUUUUCCUCUAGAAGUUAAUGACAAUAUGAAAAUGUUACCAGCUAAAAUCGUUCGUAGUCCAGACCAUUCUCCUAUUCAUUGCCCAAUGAGCCUCAGUUGUUACCUCAAUCCUAAAAUUAAAGAGGGAUCUCGGCACCAUAAAUUUUUGUCUAGGGUGUGGCCUGAAAAUAACCAUGUUGAUGCUCAUCCGUUACCCUCUCCUCCUAGAGCUUCAGCAUCAGCACAAUUAUCUAUCAUGCAUCAAUCAAGUACCAUGCAUCACACUACAGAAAAUCUGCCUUCAACAAAAGGUCAAUGGCAGAAAGGAAAACUUAUAGGACGCGGCGCCUUUGGAAGUGUAUAUCAUGCUACCAACCUAGAGACUGGAGCCUCAUGUGCAAUGAAGGAGGUGGAUCUAAUUCCUGAUGAUCCUAAGUCUGCUGAGUGCAUAAAGCAACUAGAGCAGGAAAUCAGAAUUCUGCGUCAACUACACCACCCCAAUAUUGUGCAGUAUUAUGGAAGUGAACUAGUUGGAGAUCAUAUUUAUAUAUAUAUGGAGUAUGUCCAUCCUGGAUCAAUUAAUAAAUUUAUGCGUGAACAUUAUGGAGCUUUGACAGAAUCUGUGAUUCGCAAUUUUACAAGGCAUAUUCUCUCUGGAUUGGCUUACUUGCAUAGUACCAAGACUAUCCACAGAGAUAUCAAAGGUGCAAACUUGCUGGUUAACGAAUCAGGCAUUGUCAAGCUUGCAGAUUUUGGGGUGGCAAAAAUUCUGACAGGGAAUUCAUAUGACCUUUCUUUGAAGGGUAGUCCGUACUGGAUGGCUCCAGAGGUCAUGAAAGCUGCCGUAAAGAAUGAAUCCAAUCCUGACAUUGUCACGGCCGUUGAUAUAUGGAGCUUAGGGUGCACCAUCAUUGAAAUGUUGACAGGCAAACCUCCUUGGAGUGAAUUUGAAGGGCCUUCAGCAAUGUUCAAGGUACUGCACCAGUCCCCGCCUCUACCUGAAAUUUUAUCUUCAGUGGGAAAGGAUUUCCUCCAACAAUGUUUACAAAGGGACCCUGCAGAUCGACCAUCUGCAGCAAUGCUUCUUAAGCAUCCCUUUGUACAGAAUUUGCAUGAUCAACAUGUUCUAGUUCAACCACACUUGUAUCCUAGAGGAAGCAUAGGACAAGGAGACAAUUCACCUAGUCCCGGAGACAUUACCAAAAAUAGACAUGACAUAAUGCCAGCCUCCAUAAGCGCACGGAUUUUUAACAAAAUUCAGAAAUUAAUGGGUGAUACUUCCCAAUAAUCUAAUGCUGAGGAAUCUAAUCAUAUAAUACCGAUUCGUCAGUCUCAUGUUCCAGAAGUUAACAUUCUUCAAUCCUCCUUGAAACCCCUCAAUGUCACGAGAAUGAUGAAGCAUGUCACUAGCUGAGGUUUCGCUUAAAAUUUAGAAGGAUGCAGUUGGAAAGGGGCUAGAGAAUGAAUUUUGCAAACCUUUCAUGGAGAAUCAACAUAUCAGGGAUUUCAACUCUGGUCU